CAGAAGAGGGUAGGGUUGGGAAAGGAGCUCAGCCCCAUUGUGUUGGGAAACAGCGACGGGAAAACAAGCCCAAGUUUCUGCUCUGCACGCUCGCACCGACCGUGUGCGGGAGUCAGCGCGGAAACUCGGGAGGACCUCAAAGUAAAAAGAGAACGGAAAGAAAAAGCCCAAUCAAAAAGCAUCUUUCUAGGGAAACAUCGAAGAGGGAAACGGCAACAGUUUUCUGCGGGCUCGCCCUCCCCGAGAACUGUCAGCCACUUUGCAGUAAGCAGAGCACAGGAUUUAUUUCUCGGCCGUGACUUCCAACCUGUGAAUAAAUAGCACUUUAGAGAGAGAAUGGGACCCGAAAAGACUCUCAAGCACUGAGCAGAGGGGUGAGUUUUACUGAAUGGCUUCUUCUCUUUCCGAUCCGCUGGAGCUUUCUAACCUCCUGCUUUCAGGCACGGCAGCCCAAUGACUUGUCUUUUCACUGCAGCUUGUUGCAUCCCUCACCAGGCUUUCCUGAGCGCAGGUCUGUGUCCGUAGCCUUUUCCCCCGCCGCUCCAGGUCAGUCAUUUGCAGCAGAGCUGAUUUGCUGCCGAUUUGCUUUCAUGAGAAAUUAAAUCCACAAGUCUUUGAAACCGAACGGCAGCCUAAAAAUCAGCUAGAAUCCAACACCGUUUAAAAUGGCAGGUGACUUUAGGUUUCCAGAUGCGGACACUGACGUAACAGAGAAAAACGAAGAAACUGAGAUCGUAGUCAAUGUCGGUGGGGUGAGGCAGGUGUUCUACAGUGAUAACCUGAACCAGUACCCAGGAACACGGCUGGCAGAGUUGCUCAACUGCCUGUCAGGGGGAUACGACAGCAUAUUCUCCCUCUGCGAUGACUACGAUCCUGGAAAGAGAGAGUUUUACUUUGACAGAGAUCCAGAUGCUUUCAAAUGCAUUAUUGAUGUGUACUACUUUGGGGAAGUUCACAUGAAGAAAGGAAUAUGCCCCAUCUGUUUCAAGAAUGAGAUGGAAUUUUGGAAAGUGGAUCUUAAAUUUUUGGAUGACUGCUGCAAAACUCAUCUGAAUGAGAAAAAGGAGGAACUGGAGGAAAUAGCCCGAAGGGUGCAACUGAUCCUGGAUGACUUGGGAGUGGAUGCCUCCGAAAGCCGCUGGAAAAGAUGUCAAAAGUACAUCUGGAAAUUCUUGGAGAAGCCAGAAUCGUCCUACCCAGCUCGAGUGAUUGCUGUUCUGUCUUUCCUGUUUAUUUUGAUCUCCUCAGUUGUGAUGUGCGUGGGGACCAUCCCAGACAUGCAGGUCUUAGAUGCGGAGGGAAACCGUGUGGAGCACCCAACCCUGGACAGCAUCGAGACAGCCUGCAUAGGCUGGUUCACCAUGGAGUACGUGCUGAGGCUCAUCUCCUCUCCAAAUAAACUCCACUUCGCCCUGUCAUUCAUGAACAUUGUCGAUGUACUAGCUAUACUUCCUUUCUAUGUCAGCCUCACCUUGACACACCUGGGAGCCAAGCUGAUGGAGCUGAGCAAUGUCCAGCAGGCAGUCCAGGCACUGCGCAUCAUGAGGGUUGCGAGGAUUUUCAAGCUUGCACGGCACUCCUCGGGGCUCCAGACCUUGACCUAUGCUCUGAAACGCAGCUUUAAGGAGCUGGGGCUCCUCCUCAUGUACUUAGCUGUUGGGAUCUUUGUCUUUUCUGCCCUGGGUUAUACCAUGGAGCAAAGUCACCCCGAUACCUUAUUUAAAAGCAUCCCUCAGUCAUUCUGGUGGGCAAUCAUCACCAUGACCACGGUCGGGUAUGGAGACAUAUACCCCAAAACAACUCUAGGAAAACUGAAUGCUGCCAUCAGUUUUCUUUGCGGAGUGAUAGCGAUUGCCCUUCCCAUCCACCCUAUCAUUAACAACUUUGUCAGGUACUAUAACAAACAGAGGGUUUUAGAAACGGCUGCCAAGCACGAGUUGGAGCUGAUGGAGCUAAACUCAGCUGAGGGGAAAACUGCAAGCUCCAAGGGUGAACUCGGGGACCUUGCAAGUGAGGGCAAGGAGGGCCCUUUUUAUAGCAGCCGGCUAAAAGUCUCCCACAGUGACACCUUUAUUCAUCUCCUGUCAGAAGAGAAACACUAUAGGACCAGGCUUCAAAGCUGCAAAUAAACUGUGAGCUGUUGUCGGCGCUAAGCCUAUAGAUGGGGACAACCUGACAAACAGCUUUGGAAAGGACACGAGGGAUCUGUCGGUGCUGGGAGGGAGCACUGCUUUGCUUUUCCAACGUGAACAUAAACUAACCCGUGCUACCUCCAUCAGCAGUUGGUAAGACUUUGCUGUUAUUAUCCAAAGUAAAACCGUAGGACUCCAUUGAGAUCAGACUGCUUAUAAUGAUUGCAUUCUGACAACAACCAUUUGUAAACAUUUCAAAUACUGAAAAGUUCUUCCUGACCUGUAAAUGUUUGAUGAUCUGAGUGUGCAGCAUUGCCAAUUCAGAGCUCUGUACCUGUAACAAUAAAGAGCAACAUCACACCGAGUGUGUCUUCCAGGCUGUGAUCAGUGGCUUUGCAGCUAGGAAAAUAGUUCUCAAAAAUUAAAGCAAUAUUUCGCUCAUCAUUGGUUUGGGUUUAUAGCGAAACGUUGCAAACACUUUCAGCCUAAAGAUAUUGAAAGCAUGAGCAUGUACCUUGUGCUGAAUAACGCAGGCAAUGAAUGGUUUCAUUUUUGUAAUCUGUACCUUGGGGUUAACUUUCUGGAUUUUUAUCUGUUCCUCUUUCAGGAAAAAAAUAUUACUUUAAAUAGCACCUGAAGCUAUUUUCUGGGGCAGUGAUGCAACACAGAAUCAAAUGUAUUUUAAGAAACAAAUGAAAUAAACAUAUGUUCUACUAUAAUUACAAAAUUACAAUUGAUAGUUGCAGGUAUCUUUCAAGAAGGCUUUAUAUUUCAGUAAGAUUUACAAAUGUAAGUCACAUUGCAAUGUUUUUACUGCCCCACUAAAACAAGAGAGGAUUGGUGAGCAGGAACCACUCGAUAAGAAAGUUUAGCUCUUUGAAAGUAACUGUAAGGGAAGUUUCAGAAAAUGGUGUCAUCUCUGAAGGCUUUAGGCUAGGACUGUCUAUCUGAAUGAGCAUAUUAUCAGGUUAUUAAGAAAAAAAACAACUCAGCCCAUCCCAUCCCUACAAUAACUGCAUGGUUUUGUGAAUGUCAGUUUACAGAGGUAGUAGGCACUAAUCAGUGCCUUAUUCAUUAAUGAGCAUAUUGAUCAACACCAGUGUGUAACUACCAUCCUUCCCAUAAGAAGGUGCUGUCUAUGUGUGCAUUCAUUUGGCAUAAAUAAAGAGUGCAAUACAUGGCUCUCUACCAGAGAGAUCCAUUGAAAUCAAUCCACUGGAGUGAUGCUAGCUUAAAGGGGAGGGGAGACCUGGGGUACAGACAUGUUUAUGUACACUGAAAGUAAGAUUCAUGCAGAUUAAAGGAUAAUCCUUAUUUGUUCCCUUUUGUGUCAAGCAGCCCAUUUCCACCUUCAGGUGGAUAACAGCAGUGUGAGCCACGAUCUGUCCCUGAGCAGCUUGUAUCUGUGACCCUACGCAGACCCCUGGGACUCUUCUCCUGGUGCUUGGGCAUGUGAUGGGGCUGUGGCAACAGGAGGGGUGCAGAGAUGCAGGGUGGGCUCUGCACCCUCUCCUGGCACCAUGCUGACCCCUGGGCUCUGGUGAAGGAGAAACUGUCUGCUGGCAGUGGCUGCUCUCUCCAGUGGCAUCAAGUGCAAAAGGGUGAGUGGUGACCCAUGCAGGGGUGACAUUGGCUGGUCCUUAGCACCCACCUGUAGCACUCCUCUGGAGCAGUGGCAGAGUCACAAGACCUUUUUCCUCCCAUGACCCUGCUUUUAAACCAUCUCUUCAUCAUGUCCUGUCUUAAACACCCAACAAUUCAAAGCAACCCUUUUUCUACCAGAAUCCCUUCACCAGUUUUUUUCACCCCCUGGCUCUCACCAGAGGUGCACAAUCCUGCCCCUCAUAGAAUCAUUAUGUUUGGGAAGACCACUCGGAUCAUCUAGUCCAACCUCUGGGGUCCUCCAGGAUGUAGGUGUGGUUUGCAGCCACCAAAAGUCAGCUUGGAUGGGAUACUAAGCGUGAGAGACGAGUAAGAGGAAGGGAGUUGUGCCAGCCCUAGUGGUACACCUCACCUGUCAUGGAGAUAUUAAAUCUUCUUGACUUCCUUCUUGAUGUGCAGAGGGUGGCUGAGAGUGAAUUAAGUUAGCAAAAGUGCUUUUCUGAGUGAGGAAAGCACUGUAUAAAUGCUAAGUGAUAUGUUUAGCACUCCAAGUACCAAAUCUUCAAUGCUGUGCUUUGCCAUUUAUUUAAUGUGACAUUAAUAUAUAUAUAUAUAUAAAUGAACCUCUCUUAUCAGAAAUAAAUUUAUUGCUGUAUUUCCCAAUUGAG